AUGUUCUCUACUGGCCUUCUGCGUUGGCUGGUACUCGCCGUGGUGGCUGUGCUGCCGCUGGUGUCUGCUCUUGGUCUUGUCCCUUACCCUGACCAGGACCCCUUCUACUACCCUCCGAAUGGAUGGCAGAACAAGCAGCCGGGUGCGGUCCUCCGCACGCGUAAGAUCCAGGCUGCCAGCGUUGGUAUCCUCAAGUUCAACCUGGACGCCUGGCAGCUGCUGUACCGCUCCAACGGUAACACUGCUCACUCGCCCUACUACACGGUGACCACUGUUCUUGUCCCGCACAAUGCCAAGAAGGACCACCUUGUUACCAUCUCGUCGCCCGAGAACGCCAACAGCAUCCGCUGUGCCCCCAGUUACGCUUUCCGUUACUCGGGUGUUCUUGAGCUCACCAACUUCGAGCCGCGCUGGGAGCAGAUGAUCUACACUCUCUUCCUCGAGGAGGGCUGGGUUGUCAACGCCCCUGACCACGAGGGUCCCAACUCGGCUUUCGCUGCUGGCUUCCAGGGUGGCCACAUGGUCCUUGACUCGAUGCGUGCCACGCUCAAGUCGAAGGACAUUGGCAUGUCGAAGAACGCUAAGAUCAUUGGUCACGGUUACUCGGGUGGCUCCAUCCCCAACGGUUGGGCCGCCAGUCUGCUUGAGUCUUACGCUCCUGAGCUCAACGUCGUUGGCUGGUCGCUCGGUGGUACCGCCUCGGACCCCGGUAUGACUCUCAACUUCCUUGACGGUUCGGCUACUGCUGCCCUUGUGCUUACGGGUGCUGUUGGUCUCAUUGACGGUUACCACGAUGAGAUCUACGACCUCUUCCAGAACCAGGUCUGGACUGACGAGGGUAAGCGCGCUGUGGACGUUGCCCACAACGCUUGCAUCUACGAGAUGGUCUUCCUGUACAUCGGCCAGCGCAUCCAGUCGACCAAGUACAUCAAGGGUGGCCACAACCUGACCGACUACCCCCAGGUCGCCAAGAUCAUGAACUCGCUUGUGAUGGGCCGCAACCCCAAGUACACGCCCAAGAAGCCCAUCUUCAUGUUCCACGCCGCCUACGAUGAGGAGAUUGUCUGGUACCAGGCCAACAACACCGCUGUUGCGUGGUGUGACAACGGUGCCAACGUGCGUUUCCUGACCGAGACCUCGCACGACCUCAACCACGUGUCGACCUACCUGCUGAACGUGCCCUACAUCAUUCAGUACAUGCGUGACCGUUUCGCUGGCAAGGACUACUACGGUGGUGGCUGCCAGUUCGAUUCGAUGGCCCAGGACCCCCUGUUCGAUGUGUCGAUCCUCGGUGAGCGCUUCAAGGAGGCUCUCCAGGCCGUCCUUGACCUGCUCGGCAAGGAGAUUGGUCCUAACGACAACAUCUACAUGAGCAAGAUCCGCAACAAGCAGAACCCCAACAAGGUCGGCCUUACUCACCUUCCUGGUAUGAAGUCGUCUACCAUCACCCCUGGUGACGGUGGUAACGACUCGCCUGCCUCGAAGGCCGUCCGCAAGAACGGCAAGGUCAGCGAUGUCAAGCUUAGCACCAAGUCUUCUCACCAGAACAAGACUGGUAACGACAACUAA